AUGGCAAGUGGACGAAUGAUCCCUUUCCAAAUUCUAAUGCUCACUAAGAGCAACUAUGACAAUUGGAGUGAUAAGGAGCAUGACGAUGUUGCUCUUUCCCAAGCUCAACGAGAUGCGUUAGGGGAUUCAAGAAAGAGGGACAAGAAAGCUCUCUACCUCAUCUAUCAAGUAGUGAAUGAAGAUGCGUUCGAGAAGAUCUCAAAUGCAACGACGGCCAAAGAAGCGUGGGAGAAGCUUCAAGCUUGCAACAAAGGAGCGGAGCAAGUGAAAAAGAUCCGUCUUCAAGCUCUGAGAUGUGAUUUUGAAACUUUAUUUAUGGAAGAUACUGAAUCAAUUUCUAAUUAUUUCACUAGAGCAUUAUCAAUUGUCAAUCAGUUAAGAAAAAAUGGCGAAGAAAUUAAUGAAGUAAAGGUUAUAGAAAAAAUUCUGCAUACUGUGAGUCCAACUUUUGAGUACAUUGCUACAAUUAUUGAAGAGAAUAAAGAUUUAGAACCCAUGAAUAUUGAACAACUCAUGGGUUCUUUACAAGCCUAUGAGGAGAAACCAAAAAGGAAAAAGAAGGGAAAUGAGAAAAUGGAGCAAUUACUAAAGCUCACCUUGGAAGAAGAAAAUUCUAACAACGGUAAAGAUCAAAAAGGAAGAGGACGUGACCAAAGAAGUGAACGUAGACGUGGUCGAGGACAACGAAGAGAAGGAAGGGGUGACUAUAAUAACAAUAAUUUCAACAUUGGAGAACAAAGUCGAAAUUCACAAGCACCAAGAGGGUGCGCAAGAGGCAACUUAUUGUCAAGGAGUGACAAAUCUCACAUCAUGUGCUACAAUUGCAACAAGUACGGUCAUUAUGCCUCCAAAUGUAGAUCAAGGAGGGUCGAAGAAAGAGCCAAUUUUGUCAAAGUCGACAAAGGUGGAGAAGAAAGAACUUUGUUGCUUGCCUACAAAGACAAAGAUUAG